AUGAAGAGACUAAGCUUAAGCUUUCUGUUCUUGGCCUGCCUGGUGGCUUUUGUCGCUGCCCAAAGUGCUUCUGAUGUCAUAGCUUAGUAGGCUGACUACAAAACUACGGAAAAUGGCUGGACAGUACCUUUUUUUUGCGCCAUAGUGGAUGGUGAUAAGCCCUUGGAAUGGUGCAGCAAACAUGGAUGGACCGCCUUCUGUGGACCGAAUGGUCCUCAAGGGGUAGAUUCUGGUGGCAAGUGCUUAAAAGUGACAAACACUGCUACUGGAGCUUAUGAAACGGUGAGAAUCGUCGAUACCUGCGACGCUGGAGGCCUAGUGUUGGACCUCGAGACUGCGUUUAAACCCAUUGACACUGAUGGAAACGGCUAUCAAGACGGCCACCUUAUUGUGGACUAUGAAUUUGUGGACUGUGAAUUUGCGGACAAUAAUGCAGAUGACCACGUCACAGAUGCUAACAAUGUUAGGCCUUAUUGGGCUGACUACAAUGCUACGAAUAAUGGCUGGGUCAUACCUCCUUUUUGCGCCGGAGUGGAUGGUGCUAAGCCCUUGGAAUGGCACAGCAAAUAUGGAUGGACCGGCUUCUGUGGACCAGUUGGUCCUACGGGGGUAGAUGCUUGUGGCAAGUGCUUAAAGAUAACUAACACUGAAACUAAGGACGAGGAAACAGUGAGAAUCGUUGACACAUGCGGCAUUGGAGGCCUGGUGUUAGACCUCGAAAUUGCGUUUAAACCGCUUGAGACCAGUGGUAACGGCAUCAAACUGGGGCACCUUACUGUGGACUAUAAGAUUGUGAAUUGUGACAACGAUGCAGUGCUUGUCUACUCGCAGUAA